ACAGACAGAUGUAGGCCCAAGCAGCCCAAACUCUUCAACUCUCUCCGACAGACUCUCCCACCCCACUAACCAGCAGAGUUGAGUUCAAAAAGGAGGGAAAUCAAACCUAAAACCCUAAAAAAAAAAGAUCCAAACUCUGUCUUUGUCUGUUCUUCUUUUUCCCUCAAAUACUCGCACAGUCGUGGACAUGCAUAGUUAUCACAACUAAUAAGUGUUUCCUUCUGUUUCGAUUCUGAAGAAGUUAAUUUCUUUAGGGCGUGGAGUGGAGUGGAAGUCUAUGGCGAGGCUUCUUCGGAACGCUUCCAUUCUAAAGCGCUCUCUCUUCUCACCAGAGGGCUUGAGGAAAGGGAUAUUAGGGACAUCUGCUCAGUUCUGCGAAUUUUCGACUAAAGGUAAAAAGAAGUCUAAGUUUGAUGGAAGUGAGUCCAGUGAUGAUAGCAUGUCCAAGAAAGAUUUGGCUCUACAACAAGCCCUGGAUCAGAUUACAUCCUCAUUUGGAAAGGAAUCUAUUAUGUGGCUUGGUCCAUCCGUCAAUACAAGGCAUGUCCCGGUGGUGUCCACAGGUUCUUUUGCUCUGGAUAUGGCUCUGGGAACUAGUGGACUUCCUAAGGGACGUGUUGUGGAGAUUUAUGGUCCAGAGGCUUCUGGGAAAACCACUCUUGCUCUACAUGUAAUUGCUGAAGCACAAAAGCAAGGAGGUUACUGUGUGUUUGUUGAUGCGGAACAUGCCCUGGAUCCUGCACUGGCUGAGGCUAUUGGGGUAAAAACUGAGAAACUACUUCUCUCGCAACCAGAUUGUGGUGAACAAGCUCUCAGUCUUGUGGACACCCUAAUCCGAAGUGGUUCAGUUGAUGUUAUUGUUGUUGAUAGUGUAAGUAAGGUAGCAGCCCUUGUUCCCAAAGGGGAACUUGAUGGUGAGAUGGGUGACGCUCACAUGGCAAUGCAGGCUAGAUUGAUGAGCCAGGCUCUUCGCAAGUUGAGCCACUCUUUAUCACUAUCACAGACUAUAUUGAUAUUUAUAAAUCAGGUAAGAUCGAAGCUUUCUACUUUUGGAGGAUUUGGUGGGCCCACUGAAGUUACAUGUGGUGGUAAUGCCUUGAAAUUUUAUGCUUCAGUGCGCAUUAAUAUUAGGAGAACAGGGUUUGUCAAGAAGGGUGAAGAGACUGUAGGAAGUCAAGUUCUUGUGAAGAUUGUGAAGAACAAGCUUGCUCCUCCAUUUAAAACUGCCCAAUUUGAGCUUGAGUUUGGAAAGGGUAUAAGCCGGGAAACAGAGAUCAUAGACUUAGCAGUUAAACAUAAAUUUCUCUCUAAGGCUGGUGCAUUUUACUAUUAUAAUGAUCAGAAAUUCCAUGGCAAGGAUGUGUUGAAGAAGUUUUUGGCUGAGAAUGAAAGUGUAAGAGAAGAACUUACAGUAAAGCUCAAGGAGAAGCUACUUCGUGCUGAGACACAAAAAGAACCAGAAACAGAGACUGUGGAUGGAAAUCUUACAGAAGAAGUUGUUUCACCUGAUUCUACCGAUGAGGAAGGAGUCACUGCCGUUGAAGCCUAAGUGGCCAAUUGACCUCAAAGCACAGUUGGAGGUUUUCCCAGCUUUUUCCCCUGCCAGGGUUCAUCAUUCCCUGUGAUAUGGGAUUGCCUUCUGAUCAAUUGGUAGUAUGGUCAUCGUUUGGGGGCACAGCUUGGUUCACAUAUUGGGAUGGCUCUUGGUUCAGAGUCCCUUGCUAGUUGCUACUGUUUCUUAUGGUCAAAUGUUAAAAAGGUUUCCAAAUUGAUGGUCUUGUAAAUUAAUUUUGUUUAUAAUUUUAUGGGUUAUGUAUCCAUGAGAAAGUUUUGUUGAUUCAGGAGCAACUUGGAAGGAGGGCCAUUGUCCCAACCGAGUACCAGUUCUUUAGCCACAUUUUGUAACAAGGUCGGUGUAUUACGUCUUAGCAGUGUGUUGUUUCCCAGGGGUUGUUGUUAGUAGUGGAAAUUGAAAACGCCAUAAUGCUAUCUUAUUCCAUCCUAUUCGUAGCGUU